AUGCGCGAGUCACUGGUCAAGAUGGGUGUGCCUGUCAACAUGGUAGGCUCGCAGAGGUUAGGAGUGUUUCUUGACAACGAUCUCGAGGGCUACCCUGGGUAUCGCGUCUCCCAGUCACACGAUGCUGCGAAAAAGGUCGUACCCAAGAUGCAACCCAAUCUGUUCAUCAUUCACGUCGGAACCAAUAACGCGCUGAAGGAUAUCGAUGUGGACAAAGCUGGGGAACAUAUGGAAGCAUUCAUCGACUAUUUGCUGGAAACCUCCAACACAUCUACUGUGGUGAUGAGUACUUUGUUGACAAACAUGGUGCCGGAUACGGAACCCAAGAUAUUGCAAAUCAACGAACAGUACCGAGCAUUAUUGCCGAAGUACGACGGCAAACCCGUCGUUUUGGCUGAGAUGCACCCUAGCGAGGGGCUUCCCAACAGACCGCAAGUGGAGGACAUCGGACCUGACCUGACGCAUCCGUACGACGCCGGUUACGAACUAAUGGCAAACAUUUUCAUCGAGAGUAUAAAGGAGGCAGACGAAAAGGGAUUUCUUCAGUGGCCGGUCAAUAAUGGUUAUCCUUACGACGGCGAUGCUGGCAGAACCGAGUAG